GUGACUUUGAAGUGAGUCAGUUAUCCUCAUUCUUCAUGUAUAUAGAUCAUGGUAUGCGAUAAAAUAGUUGUGAUAAACAUAACCAAAGUGAUUUGUGUUCCUUUUUCAAAAGCCAAUUUGACAAUCUAAAAAAUAAACCUGAAAAGGAUCAUAUUACCAAGUUGUGAAUUUAUUUAUUACCAUUCCUAGAGAUGUCAGGACAUGAUAAUUCAUCUCUUAUCUUAUUUCGAUAUAAAAGUAAAAGUGAUGCUUUGCAUAAAAGAAGAGGUUAUAGAAAAGUCACACUAUUAUCAUAUGUUGUCAACAUAUGCUAUAAGGAGUAUUCAAAAUAGACUGAUAAAUAUUUCAAGAUUUGUCAAAAAAUUAGUAUUUAUGAAAAUACAUUAGAAAAUUUCAGUGUUCCAUUUAAUUUUAUGAAAAACUUAAUAGAAACAGUCCGACAGAAAAUAGCAAACAUUUCUCUGCAAAUAAAUUGAGCCAUAAAAAGAUUCAGACGAAAAAGAAAAAUAAUGAGAACAUUGGGAACUGAUGGAUUCGCAUUAGGAGGCAAUGGCUGCUUUCCAGGAUGUUUUUUUUAUGAGACGAAUCCACGUAGAUUCAAGAGAGCCUUGAAACCACUUGGUCUUGUAUUUUUGACAGCCUGCUUCGCUGCUUACUUGUCUCAUACUUUCCAGUCUGACAUGGUUUCACAUAUUACUCCGCCAGUAGCUUUUCGAACACUUUCUCAAAAUGAAGAAGGCGAUGAAGAUGAAUUACAAGUUGGUGAAAUAAAUGAUAAAUUUAGUAACAUCGAAAGAAGUGCAUCAGAUCUGAUUUCUUCAAUAAAGGACAUCCAAGAUGAUCUGCAUGGGAUAAAAUCAGUUGUAAAAGGUGGACUUAAUCAAGAAAUGGUGAAGCAGACUGAAGAUAUUAUAAAAAGACAUCUACAGAUAUACGAUGCUGAUAAAACGGGCAUUACUGAUUAUGCUUUGGAAAACUUAGGAGGCUGUAUAGUUUCAACAAGGGAUACAGUCACUUACAAGGAAGGAACCCCUCUCCUGAGUUUUUUUGGCUAUCCGUUAAUGACAGUCGUAACAGAACCAAGGAAUAUUAUUCAACCUAAAGUAAAUCCUGGAGACUGUUGGGCUAUCAAAGGUAGUAAAGGUACAGCUGUGAUAAAACUCAUUACGGAAGUUGUCGUUACUGCUAUAACAAUAGAGCACAUUCCUCGAAGUAUAUCUCCAACUGGAGAAAUAUCUUCGGCUCCAAAAGAUAUAAUUUUAUUAGGAUUAGAAGAUCUGAAUGAUGACGAACCUCACGAUUUCGGACAGUUCCAAUAUAAUGAGACUGGCCCAGCUAUUCAGACAUACCCUGUUAAGGAACCAAUAGGCCUAUCGUUCGGAUUGGUGGAAGUAAAGAUAGAAUCAAAUCAUGGGCACCCUCAGUUCACCUGCAUCUACAGAAUAAGAAUCCAUGGAAGGCCUCCAGAUUUAGGAUCAAACAAAAAUACUUGAUUUUAUAUAAUCGUUUUCUUCAUUGCGCAUAUGAUACCUACUAAAAUAAUGGGUUUAAAUGAGAAGAUAUAGAAUUCAUGUAAACUGAUUAUGAUCGUGGAAAUUUCAAAAAUAGCUUAUCUAGCCCAUUGGAGAAGAGGCUCAGUUGUAUCUCUUUUUUCAUAAUUCCCACUUUAAUUCGAGGAUGAUGGCAUCUUCGCACAAUUAGGUGAAAAAUUCCCUCUCACAAGGCUCACAGAUGAUUUGUAUUUGUCUAAAAAAUAUAGCGAUAGACCCGCAAAAAGAAAAGACUCUCGUAUCUCUUAGAGUUAUAUUACGAAAUAUCUAAAAAUGUUUUUAAUGUUUGUGUAUAAAAAUUGUACGAACUUGAAAUUAAACAAGUUAAUUGCAAGGCAGUUUAGAAACACGAUUCUAACUUCAUUCUGUUUUGUUGACACUAAUGCAAGAUUCUUACAAUAUGAGAGAAAGUUGCAGUAAUCGUGGGGUCAUCUUAAAUCCGGAAAAUUUUUAGUAGAAGACCCAUUUUUCCUUUAAAAUUGAACAGAUACUUUAUAAGAAAGCACUGUGUGCGUAUAUGUAUAAGCGAAUAGCAAGUAAAAGUAUAUAUAGUCAUUUAUUUAAUAAAAUAAUAAGUCCA